UACAUAAGCUUCAAGCGAAACCACGUUGUACUUUCUUGCUUCUCAUUCGUUUGAUUUACUUGGUGUUUUGCUCGUUUUGACACAAAGAUCUUUGCAAAUAAGUACUUUUACAGACGAUGCUAGAGUGAUUAUUUUUGGUGAGCUCAAUCUCCAGGAGGGUGCCACCUCAGGGCGCGGAGCCUGUUGAGAGGAGCGGACAGUGAGCCGUCGCUCUUCGCGGCGUUUAAUCAUAAAAUGUCUCCGAUAAAGGGCUUUAGUUUGGUUUAUGCACCUCUCAACGCAGGGCGCACCUUUUCUCAAGGGGAUACCAUCGAAGGCAUGGUCACUUUCACGUUGACAAAAGAAACCAAAGUGAAGGGACUGAGCGUGAAGCUCAAAGGGGACGCGAACGUGCACUGGUCGGAGGGCACCGGCGACAAGAGGAAAUCGUACAGUGCGCACAGGACCUACCUGGACCUCAAAGAGUACUUGGUUGAAAAGAAGGAGAAUGGUACUGUACUUCCCAAAGGAGACCAUCAAUUUAAGUUUGGGUUUACAUUUCCACAUGGGGUCAUGCCGUCCUCCUUCAAAGGUUUACAUGGAAAGAUUUGCUACAUGCUGGUAGCAAAGGUGUCCAGGAGCUGGAGGCUGCCUUCUUCCGUAGUAAAAGACCUCAACUUUGUUUCAAAAUCCUCCCAUAAUGUCCAGGCAAUAUGUCCACAGUCUGGUUCAGUGGAUAAAAAGAUGAGCGGUUUCGCCAGCGGACAGCUUGAAAUGUCUGCCACCAUUAACACAAACUUGUGCUCUCCAGGUGACACUGUGUCUGUUGCUGCCCAAAUCAGCAAUUCCUCUUCCAAACAAACAAAGGCUAAAUUCAGUUUGCAGCAGAAAAUAGUGUACCGGGCCAAUGCCUCCAUUAAAGUCAGUGACCAGAGUCUGUUGAAAACAGUUGGGGAGACUAUCGAACCAAAUUCAGCGGAAACUGCGUCCUGUCAGUUCACGGUUCCUGCCGACGUCAUCUAUACUCUCCAAGAUUGUGAAAUCAUCUCAGUUAACCAUUACCUGAAGGUGUAUUUGGACAUCAGCUUUGCCAUUGACCCGGAGGUGGAGUUUCCCCUGGUCGUAGUUCCUUGUGGUUUUGCUACCCUUCAGCCCGGUGGAGCUCUGGGGCCUUACCCAGCUGGAUCUUUUGGGGCACCAAGUUACAGCGACCUCCUUCCCCCCGCCUACCCUAUUGGACCUUCUGCACCGGCGGGUUCAGGGGCCUACGGGUACUCCGCACCAGAUCCCACUUAACACGCAAACAUGUAAAGUGGGUAUUAUAAUCAGGAGCCACAACAGGCUCCUCCAAACGGUUAUUCAAACCAAAAAUACUGACAGCCAAUGAGGACAUUUAAGCUGUUGGAGGAAAAUGUUUUGUGCAUGCACAUAUAUUCUUCUACAAUAAUGUCUGCGGUAUAAUAAUCAAUACUCAGCCAUAUAUUAGUCUAUAAUCAUCUCCUUAUUAGAGUAUAAUGUAUGAACAAAUAUGUUUUUGACAGGAACAUGUGUGACAUUUUCCAUUUCAGUCCUGCAGUCUUGAGCACGUAGUUAAAUUCCUGUGGGGGUAAGAGACAAAAAAACCUGUUUUUGUUUACAAGAAGGAUGGGUUUUGCUUGCAACCUGUGUUUAAAUAAAUCUAAUGUGAAUUAAAGUUCCAAUCUUUCUUGUGUUCUGUGGAAGUCUGUUACUGAAAGCUGUUGUUAGUGAGAUUCUAUGGUAUCUCACCGCUUGAAUAAACAGGAAAUGGAUUGGGGUGUGCAGAAGCACUGCGAUGGAAGGAACUGGGAUGACGAGGGAGGAGAUGAUUGA